AUGAGCUCUGCUCUUUCAAACUCACGUCUUCGCCUUCUCUGGGGCUUGCUGCUCACCUGCAGACUAUAUCUCGGUGCAGCAGCAGUCAUCAACACCAAUGACGAGGGACUGGCACAACGCGACAGCACAAACACCUAUGACAAUGCCUACUAUGUUGUGCAAGGAUCGUGGAAGUGUGAUUUUACAAAACUUCGACUUCUAGAUGCAGCCAUCAACGAGGCAGAAGAGCUCGCCCAGAAAACCAUAGAAGUGCUUCAAGUCGAAGGCGCUGAAACAUCUAUUUCAUUUGAUACCUGGUUUGGAUCAAGCAAUGCCAAUGCCGCAACGAAGGAUGCAAUCAUCAACCAGCACUACAAAACAGUAUUGUCGCAUCUUCCUUAUCCAAACAUUCCUGCGGCAUUUCGAUGGACCACCCACGCCGAAUUCAAAGCGCCCAUCAACGAGGCGCCACCGACAGACGACUCGAUCGUGUACGGUUGCCCGCCAGUCGACGAUAGAAUGUGCCAGGAUGGAGUGCUAGCAUCCAAUUUGCGAGCAACGGGGAUGAAACAAGACGGUACAACCAAGGAAUUCGGCCCCUUGGUGCUUGUUCUCUGCCCAGCGUUUUUCGAACUGAAGAACAACAACGCAGAGAUGAUCAAGGAAUGGCAGAGAACGCUCGGCUUUGGUUCAGGCAACUCUAAAGGACGCAUCUUAGUUCACGAAGUCCAGCACAUGGCCAAAGGAACGAGCCCCAGCGAGCCUGCCGAGGAUUUGUCAGAGCCAUUUCCUGACGUAUUCGGCCAUGACACCUGCUAUUCCCCAAGCUGGUACGUUCAUGGGUGUCUAUUCACCCAGAAUUUUGCUUUAUUCACCAUAGACGUGUUAGCAUUCCCAAAUGCUGGCGCACCAGCGUCUUCCGACAGCUGCAGUAAUCCCAAUCACAAACGACAAGCCCCGAUUCGUUCACAAGCUCCAACCUGGAGACCUGUGUUGAACUCAACGUUUACCCCUUUGAGAUCCACCUCUACAAGAAGGCCCUCUUCUACGAAGAUACCGUCCUUCUCCUCGCUUUAUUCCUCGUCUAGCAACUAUAAGCCGAGCAGCUACAAACCCAGCAGCUCUUCAUUGGAAGCGCCUUUUAGUUCCACAGUUACGAAGCCAACGACCUCACCAACAGCAGCUCCAGUCGACGUAUCGAACGGUGCUGUGCUUGCUGUCGCCAUUGGGAUGGUGGUUGUGGGCGGUGCAGGAGGAGGUUUUAUUACAAUGGGCGGACAAACGGUCGCCAUCGCUGCAGGCCAAACGAUUGUCGUCUCCCAGCAGACUUUUGAGGAACCGGAAGCUGAGAAACCAAAGUCGGAUCAACCUGAGAGGACACAAAUGUCCAUUCAGACAACACCUUCAGCAAGACCUUCAUCCACCUCCCGUUCGGCUUGGUCUACUACGACUUCCAACUGCCCCGCCGAGACUUCGAGGGCUUACAAUGGCGACAACUUCAACUGCAGAGACCUUCACGACGCCAAUUCUACUCUUCUUACCGAUUUGCUGAGUGGUCUUGAGUUCGGUAAUGGGCCUGUAUACAAUGAAUCGUCCAUCGCAGUGAUCAUCCCAGAGCCUACAUCAUUUCUUACAACACUCAUGCCUUCCACUACGACGGCUGCGCCCGCUCCGCCAACGACUACUUCCGAACCCGCAAGCGUCGAGCCUGUGGCCUGUUAUAAUUUUGAUAUCAAUGCUUACGGCUACUGUUGUCCCGGACCUGGGAACCCCUGUGAGAAGGAUCUUGGUAAGUGUUAUUUCAACGGAGAGGGUGUCUCUGGUGGAGCGAGCGGAAUUGUGCCCACAGGCGCAAGAUGCCCUCCGCCACCUGGCGCAGAGUACUGCAGAGUGAAACUCUGGAGAGCAGGAUACAUGUGGAACGAUGAGAAGUCGGUUUCGCAGGACUAUGACUUGAUAAUGAAUCGAGCGAUGGCUUACGCAUACCACCUCCUAUCAUCAUGA